AUGACACCAGUAGGCGCGGGGUACAUUCGGGCAGCGGCCCAGGUUAGGAGCACGGGAGCCCGGCGGGCCCCGCUGCCGCGACUAGCAGGGACGAGAGGCUGGCCUGGACGCCCUCCUGUCACGGCGGGGGCUGGGCAGCGCCUCGCCGGCCUGGGCCCGGCACUGCUACCCUCCCGCCCGCCCGGCCGCCUGGCAGGCCGCGCCGCGGCCCCGGUGCCUCCGCAGGGCCUGGCACCGCCGCGGGCUCGGGGAGCCCGGCAAACAAAGGGAGCGGAGGCCGGGGCCGCGGCCCGAGAAGAGGGCGGCGGGCAAGAGGCGAACCGCACCGGCCCAAUCCACUGGCUCCCCCUCCAUCGCACCAGCCCUCCGCGCCCAGCGGUGAGGGGAGGGGGAGCCGGGCGGCGGUGCGCCCGUUGCCCCGGGGACGCUCACCCAGCCGAGGCCGCGGUGUCCCGCUCCCGGCGCGGGCCUCUUCCCGGGCACCUCAGCGGGGCGCACGGGGGCGGCGAGCCCGCGAUGGCCGCCGCCUGCCGCAGGCACGGCUACGGCUGCGGCUGCGGCGCCCGCGCACAGCCCGGCGGCGGCAGCAGGGCCGCGGGCAUCCCCGCUCCGUCCUCCGCCUGCCCUGCCGCCCCCGCCGCCCGGCGGACUCCCCCAGCCCUCUGCGGCCCGUCUGCCCCGCAGAAACCGGGCCCCUUCCCUUACUCGGGUCUGGGCGCCUCGCCCCGGGCUCGUUCCCGCUUGGCGGCCGCGGGAAACCCGCGGGGGGCGGCCGGGAGCCGCGCUGGAAGGGAAGCAGGGAGGCGGUCUGGCUUUGUUAGCCCCGGCCCUUUCCUCUCUCCCCCACGCGCUCCGGUGUGUGACCGCUCCGCUGGGCUGCAGGAGCUAAUCCACGAAGUCCACAGGGAGCUACCUCCCCUGUUCCUUCAGGGGGGCAGCCCCUCGCUGGUAGCGCCCGGCCAGAGGUCCCUCAGCCGCCCCCGCUGCCCCGCCGCGAGGCGCCGGCCAUGCCCUCCCCCCAGGCCCGCUUGCGCUGGGGAGGGAAUGGGAGAAGGAGGGAGGUGA